UCGUUAAUAUCAUGUUUUAAGAAUAAAAUGAAUAUAGUUAAAUGCUCAGCAGUUCGGCAAUUCGGCAAUCAAUCUAAUAUCUUAAAAAUCAGAUCGUUCUUUAGGGACAGUACGGUUUGUUCUAAAGAAGUUCAGAUUCCUGAUCGAAUAGAGCGUUCUCCAACAGAUAUACUUAGAGCAAUAUCAGGAACAGUUAGCACAGAUUUCACAGCCCCCCACUACAGAUAUCACGAUGAUCCCUGGUUAGUUCCCUACACACAGAACGAGAAAAGAGAGUUUGCAUUAGCAAGGGAAUCUGGCAAGAACGCUGCAAGAUUUAUUUUGGAGAACCAUCCUCAUCUAUUCACUAAGAACAGAAUAUUAGCUGAACCUCCCGUUACAGCUUUCCAACCCAGAGCUAAAUAUAAUAGGGAUAAUGUGACAGUUGAAUUAUUGGAAAAUAUGAUCUCCAGUUUCCAGGUAUCUGAUGCCAUAUCUGUGUAUGAACUGCUCCUAGAGAAGAAGAAGGUUCAGAUUCCAGACGGUUUACUCCAGGGUCUCCUUGAACUUUUAGCUUUCAAUUCAGAGGAAGAGGCGUUGAGCUUAGAGAACAAAGAACCUAAAUACUUUCUACCUGGGAAUAAAAGCUGGAAGUCCGGAGGUCUAGCGGAGACAUUAUAUUCCAAGCUGGGGACCUCGGAGGCCAGGGUUGCUAUGCUUCUUGGGUUCGCUAGACACGGUCAAGUUGCGAGGACAAUGCAGGUUUGGGAGGAGAUGAAGGUGAACCAGGACAAGAUCCCCCUGGAGGCAUUCAACGCCUACCUGUCAGCUCUUAAUAUAGAGGAUGUAAACAAACUUAAGGUUGAGAUAACCGAUAUUCUAACCAGUAUGAAAGCACAAAAACUUCAACCCAACCAUGAAACCCUGGUUUCUUGUCUCCGAGCUGUGUCUAUGGCUGGGAGUAAACAGAAAGCUAACUAUUCGUCCUGUUGCGAGUUUGCGCUCUGUCUCCUUGCUGAGUUUAGAACUGCAGGAGUUGAACCUAGUCUCGGAGCAUUCUGCCAUCUUCUAGAUAUAUUCUACUCUAAGAUUUCAAGAGAAAGACCAAUGAUUAUCAAGGAUUUUCUAAAUUAUCUGGAGGAUAAAGAUAUGUGGCCAGCCAGAUCAGAGCAGGAUUUUCUCUUCUUUAAACGAGCAAUGGAGGUUUGUCAGCAUCUGAACCAAACCAAACUAGCCUACAGGUUACAUAGUUUCCUGCUAUCCCACAACAACCAGAACCUGCUCGGCAACUUCAGGGACUCGGAGAGAUAUUACGAGCUCCUGGUCGCUCUUGUUCUCAGGACAGAGGAUCUAGAAACUGCUCUUGAGCUGUACAACAAGCUGGCUCCUCACACCUACAGUCCUAGGAAGGAUUUCUAUAUUAAACUUCUCUCAGAAAUACAAGCUAAAGGAGCAGUUCAACAUCUUGGAAAAAUCUUCGAUGAUUUAGAACUUUGCUCUUACGGGGGAUGCAACAAGGAGGGUAUAUAUGAGAUGAACAGCACUAUACUAAGAUGUAUGGAUUCUAAUCCUCCCUCAACGUCAGAGUUUAAUAAUCUUAGUCCAACAUACGUCAACAUAGCAAACAGGAUAUUUAAGCAUCUUGAGUUAAACAAAGCUUCAGAUUCUCUGUAUUUGAGAUUUAAUACACAUGCUGCAGGAAUAUGCACCCUGGCGGUUAAAGUUCUACUAAAGGAAGCGCAGUUCCCAAGUGCCCUGGAGAUCUUUAAUUUCUGCCUGGAAGAGAAGGAGCGUAUGCCUGGUCAGCUGGGGGACAGUGCCCUAACUAUGCUACUGGAUGCCGCAAUAGAGGAGGAAAAUAUUGAAGUUGGUCUACAGAUCGUUGAUUAUCUACUGAGUGUAGGAUCUAGUAAGGCCAGGAGCUGCGGGGAGAAAUUGGGAAAACAAGAUCUAUCCUCAAAACAUUCUGCUACACUCAACAAAUACUUUGCACAUCAUCCUAAAUGGUCAAAUAUUUAAAAUCCUACUUCUUCCAAUCCAACCAUCUAGGGGCGUAUAUUUUCAUGAAAAUUCGAUUCCCCCCCUCUUUGAAAAUUACUUUUUUCUUUUUCCACCAGAAAAGUUGUUCGAAAUAUUAAACAGAUUGAUAUUUCAGA